CUGUUUAUUUAGAAAAUAGGGUUGCACAUAUAACAUAAUAAAGAAAAUACUUUCUAUAAAGUUUUUAUAUGUUUUUUAAGAUCAUUUUUAAAUUUUCGGUGUAUUUUGCCUUUAACGAAUAUGGCCUCAUUGGAAUCGGUUUUGAUAGCCGGAUUGUUGCAUGUCAUAUUCCACUUUGCCUUACUUGUAGAUCGGCUGAAGGGUCUCGAUACGCCUGGUCCCAGGAUACCAACAAUGAUUAUAUGCGCCGCACUGAUGGAUCUGAUCUAUGAUUGUCGAAUAGUUCCACUUGGAUUAAGCAGAUUACCGAACGUGAUAAAAAUUAUGUGUGAAUGUCUGGUGGCCAUGUUAUUGAUGGAAGUGGGCAUACUAGUUAUCUGGGAGGCAUUGGAAUUUUCCAUUUAUUUAAUUGUUCAUACAAUGGCUCUGAACAUUAUGUCAGGGGAAUUUUAUGCCAAGUAUGAGACGCUGAUUAUUGGCGCAUUCACGAUACCCGUGGCCAUCGGCAUUUUGAUAAUGACUAGCAAGGUUACUCAUCAUUUGCAAGACUUCUAUCGCCGCUACCUUGCCCCCAAAACUAAUGUAUCCCUACAGAUGGAAAAUACUAUGAACUUUUUUGAACGCAGUCCGCAGUAUAGACGCAAGAAAAUAUAUGAGGCAUUAAGCAAGUACAAUACGCCAAUGUGGCAGACGCCUUUUGACAGGACUUCAAAGAAACCUAAUCUUUGGCUGUAAAUGUUUUAAUAGUAAUGAUAUUAAACAAGUGAAGUAAAUAUAAACAUAAGCAUUUGUUUUUUA